AUGAGCUCAGAGGAGAGCUCGGCUCUGUCGGAGCCGGCCAUCGGCCUGAUGAACAGUUGUGACUUGUCUGACUCAGUCUACUUGGGUUUUGGUGGGACAGGGCUGUAUUGUCCCCCAGUUCCUAUCCCCCUGCUGUACUCCUCACAGCCUCCGGCCCCGGUCCAGUCUGCAGCUCCUCAACCAUCGGGGACAAAAAGGCCUCACAGCCCCCCUCAGCCUCACAGUCUCCCCCAGCAGGGCCCACAGCCUCUCGAGAUGGAGAUAACUCAGGUCUACUCCACCCGACGCUCCAUUCGCUACAGCGCCAGGGGCCGAGGCCGGGCCCUCAGCUUCCCCCUGCUGCCUGGCCUGGAGACCGUGGACAGCUGCCUGCUGCCUCCUGCACCGAAGAAGAAGACGCGGACACUCUACAGUACCGAUCAGUUAGAGCAUUUAGAGGCCCUUUUCCAGGAGGAUCACUAUCCAGACGCCGAGAAGAGGAAAGUCAUCGCUGCUUCAGUCGGUGUCACACCUCAGAGGAUUAUGGUCUGGUUUCAGAACCGCAGGGCCAAAUGGAGGAAAGUUCGCUCCAUCACCGCAAAGGUUGAAAAUGGACCGAGCAGAGCUGAAUGCAGCAGUAGCAGCAGCCCACAUCACCAGAGCAAUCCCACACUGGCACCCAAUAAGGGAGCGCCUAUUUCUGGUCACUAUGCUACCAAGCUGCCCCAGCUCGCACCAGCGCUGCCGACUUUCUCCAUCCUGUCCACUGAGACCCCACCCUCCUACAACAACCUUCUGGCCAGCUUCAACAGCCCAGGUCAAUGCAGAGCGAGAGAUGCAGGCCAGCACCAACUUUCAUCUCAGGGGGGUUUGACGGAGUAUCACCCCCGUCCCAUGCACAGCCCUCCCCCACUGCGUCGAGCCAGCCUCCCCCUUUUCACAACGACCUAUAAUCCCACCAACCCCGCUCCGCCUAUCCUCAACGCCCCGUCCCACACCCCAUCUCUCUUCCUGGACGCCCUGGAGGGUGGCUCCACCUUGGCCCAUCGUGACUCCCAGUCUCUGCAGACGGACACCAGUUCACUGUUUGACUUUGCGGAGAAGCUCGACUACAUGACAUCCAGCCAGCAGAACAACACUAUGUCCUACCAGCUCCAGACCUCCUACCCCACCAGUCAGCCUCAGCACCAGCCACAGCACCAGCCUCAGCACCAGACUCAGCACCAGCCUCAAACAUCUCUGCCCCACAUGGCCUACCUCACCCCCACCCCCUACCUCACCCCCAAUCCUCCAGAUUCCAACCCUACCUCCUACCUGACCUUUGCCCCUGGAGGAAACUCGACUGGUGUGGUGACCUACUCCACUGGAGGCCAUGCCUACUUCCAGUCUCAGAGUGCAGGGCAAAUUCUGCUGCAGCCAACUGGUCACCAUGGUGGGAUCGCAGCAUACCAGUCUUACCCCUGGGGUAACAUGUACAGCCAGCCAGCUAUGCACCAGCAUCCUCAGUGCCCUCCAACAUACCCUGCCAGUUUGGGAUCUGCUCGAGACCACCAGGCUCCCUCCACCACCAGCUUGCCUCUCCCUUCGUUCUUCCCCCGGGGCGACCUUGGGCUUUCACAUGCAAACUCCCAGCGAUCAUCACACACCCAGAUAAACACCACCACCUCCACCACCACCACCGCCGUCCUCCCACCUGUGUCGACUCUGCGGCCCUCUUGCCUCAGAGCGGAGAGCACUCCAAACAAGGUUUCAUCCCUGCUGUCUUCUCAGGUCAGCUCUGCUUCUCCUGAAAGCCCUCCAGUGCCCCCUUGUGUCAAAAUUGAGCAUGACAGUCCCCGCGAGAUUCAUAGUCACUUCCACUGCGACUUCUCCCCCAUACAUUUUUGA